AUGAAGCUGGAAGACGAGCCCGCCCCCAUUGACUUGUCAACACGAGGCCGAGUCUCCGUCGUGGCCGACGAACUGGACGCCGGCUGGAGUUGGCCGGCGGGUGACAAGAGGGCGAACACACUCGCCGGUGCUAUCCCAACGCCAACGUUGCAAGUGCCCAUUCUUACGCAACUGUUGCAGAAACAUGCAGACGCCUGGACCUCUUCAGACAAGCGGGCAGCGACUGUUGACGGCGGCAACGAGACGUCCGGCGGGUCAUUUCGGUCGAUCUACAACUUUGGUGAGUAG